ACUCCUGCUCUCAUCUCACUCAGUCAUUAUGAGCGACUCAGACAUCGACGACGACCUCUCCUCUCUACCUCAGGGAACACUCAAGCGCAUCGACGAUGCCUUCGACCGUGCAAUCCUCGAAUCACAGCCCGAAGACGAGCCACCUCAAAAGCGGAGACGAGUCGAACAAGAUGUGGAACCUGAACUGGCUGGUGGCUUCCUCCUCGAUGGCGAAGACACUAACACUGGAGAUACUGGUGGUGGGUUCAUCGUAGAAGGCAACGACGUCGACGUCGAGCAGUCUGAGCCAUCCACCGUUCCGACUCACAUCCCACUCUCUCUCAUCCCGCGGGCGCUACAACUCAUCGACUUUGACCCUUCCGACUCACAAGUCCUCUCCGUCUUCUCUAACGCUGCCUCUUCCCUCUCUUCAUCUGCAUCCCCUCGCAAAUACAGAUCGUCAUCCCGGGUUGCCGAUGACGAGGAGGAAGACGAAGACCAAUCCUCGCAAUUCGUCUCCAGACAAGACUGGCGAGCCGUCUGCGCAGCGCUCAUCCCCACAGAAGAGGGCCAACCGGCCGAAAAAGAGAACCCCGACUUUCCACUCUCCGCUCUCGAAUUCGAAUACGACUCAGGCUCUUCAGACGCAGUACAAUCCGCCGACCUAGAAGAAAGCGGCUCUUCAGAGGACGAAUACGUUCCCGAUUCCAAGUCUAAGCGUUCCACCCGCGCUCGUGCUCAACGAGGUACCAGCUCUCCAACCAAGUCUACAUCCAAGUCCAGCACAAAGGGACCACGCAAGAGCAAGGGCAAGGGAAAGAGGAAAGCUAAAGACUCGUCCCUCACUCCAGAGCCUUUCGAAGGUGGCAGUGGUCGCACACUCACACCCCGCCAAGUCCAAGAAACCCUCUCGACAUUCGCUCUCUUCUUCCCUAACAUCUCCAAAUCCAAAUCCAAGAAGAACAACAGCAACAAGGAUAAAAAUGGCAACCUAGACGAUUCCGACCUAUCCAAAAAACGCCUCAUAAUCCGUGAUAUCGCCAACGCAGCAGCUUCAAUCAAAGAAAAGCUCACCGCCGAGGAGAUAAUCGAAAUGCUCUCGUACUUCUCUUCAUCUUCGACAUCUUCGUCUGCACAAGCAAAUCCGUCACUUUCGUUCCAAGAUUUCCAGCAGUUGAUGGUUGCUGCUAAACUCGCGUAA